AGAGGGGGCGGGGGUGGGGAGCGGCGCUGGGAGCGCAGCGGGGAUCGCGUCCCGGGCUGGGCUGGGCUGCCCGCGCCUCGCCCCCGCGUCACUUGGAGUUGCCUCCCGCCGAGCUCUUCGUAUAAAUAGCGGCUCACAGCACGGGCAGCGGACAGCCUCUCCGGGCCCUUCCCCGCCACGUACAGCGGCAACACUUCCACAACUUGCACUUGCUCCUCCACCGAGCGGCAAAACGACGACAGCCGCUCGCAUCACCGCGCCCUGUGCAGCUGCCCGCCAUCCCUUGCCCCCUGGACCACGCCACAUCGUGGGCUGCGCAUCGUCCGCCUUGCCCUUCCCUGCCCACCGAGCACCGCGCCUUCUCAUUGCACCGGUGCCGCGUCACCUGCGCCGCCGCCUCCUCGCCGCCUCUCGGCACCACCACCACCUGCUGAAGCUCUCCGGGCGCUCGGCGCGACUGUCACUCGCGGAAGGGCGACGAUGGCGAUGCUGGAGGGAGCUCUGCUGGACGUCGCCUCGCUGCUCGCGUCGCUGGCGGCCGGGCUGGGCUCGGCGCUGCUCCUGCUGCUCGUGUCGCAGCGUCUCUGGGCGAUGCGGUGGGCGGCCACGCGCGACCCCAGCUGCAAGUUGCCGCUGCCCAGUGGCUCCAUGGGCCUGCCGCUCAUCGGCGAAUCUCUGCACUGGAUGGUCCAGGGUCCCGGCUUCCACGCGUCUCGGCGCGCGCGUCACGGGAACGUCUUCAAGACGCACCUGCUGGGCCGGCCCGUGGUGCGCGUGACGGGCGCGCAGCACGUGCGCCGGAUCCUCAUGGGCGAGCACGCGCUCGUGAGCGCCUGCUGGCCCGCGAGCACGCGCAUGCUGCUGGGCAGCAACACCCUCAUCAACUCGGCGGGAGAGGCGCACCGCACGCGUCGCAAGGUGCUGUCCAAGGUGUUCAGCCGCGCGGCCCUGGAGAGCUACGCGCCGGGGGUGGCGCGCGUGGUGCGCGCCGCGGUGCGCGAGUGGCGCGCGCGCGCCGGCGCCGAGGUGCGGGUCUACCCGGCCUGCCAGGCCCUCAUGUUCCGCGUGGCCGUGCGCGUGCUGCUCGGCCUCGAGCCGUCCCCGCCCGAUAUGGCCACCUUCUCGGCCGACUUCACGCAGUUCGUGGACAACAUCUUCUCCCUGCCCGUCGACCUGCCCUUCAGCGGACUCCGCAAGGGACUGCGAGCCAGAGACUCCAUGCACAAGUUCCUGGAGAGCACGCUGAGCGAGAAGCUGGCGUCGAGGCACGCCGGCGGGCGCACGCACGCCGACGCCAUCGACUACAUGCUGGAGAGCGCCCGCGAGCAGGGGAUCGAGCUGAGCGCCAAGGAGAUCAAGGAGGCUGCGGUGGAGCUCAUUUUUGCCGCGUACUCCACCACGGCGAGCGCGUGCACAUCGCUCGUGCUGCUGCUGCUCACGCACCCCGAGGCGCUGGCCAAGCUGCGGGCCGAGCUGCGUGCGCACGGCCUCCCCGAGGCGCCCUGUUGUGGCUGCGCGCACCGCCCUGACGCCGCAGACGCCACCGCCGCGGCGUCCCGGCCGCACGCCGAAGGGGCCGGGAUCUCGACGUCGCCCGCUUCCGAAGAGGCCGGGGACGCGAGCGCAGUUCGGCUCGAGGGACACCGGCGGGCCGAAGGCGAGCCGGGGGGCGAGACGGAGGGGAAGCGAGAGGACGGACGACGCACGGCGAGCGGCGCCAGGGAGUGGCAGAACCCGGCUGAGGAGGAGGGAAACCUCGUGGAGAGGAUGAAGGUGGCAGCGGGAGAGGCGGAGGAAGGGGACGCGCGGGAGGACGGCUGCCGCAAGUGCGAGCCGACCCUGGGGCCGGAGCGGCUGUCGCGGCUGCGGUACCUCGACUGCGUGGUGAAGGAGGUGCUUCGGAUGCUGCCCCCCGUGUCGGGCGGCUACCGCACCGCCCUGCGCACCUUCGAGCUGGACGGCUUCCAAAUCCCCAAAGGCUGGAGCGUGCUGUACAGCAUCCGGGACACGCACGACACGGCGCCCGUGUUCCCAGACCCCGAGCACUUCCAGCCAGAGCGCUGGGCCAGCGAAGACCCCGACUCGGCGGGAGAACCGGGCGACUCGAUUCCCGCCGCCGGCCGCGCCAAGGGCGCCUGCGGGGACGCGGCGCGGGCCGACGCUCGCUUCAGCUACGUGCCAUUCGGCGGCGGCGUGCGGGGCUGCGUGGGCCGCGAGCUCGCGCGCCUCAUGCUCAAGCUGCUGGCCGUGGAGGUGGCCGGCUCGAGCCGCUGGGAGCUGGCGAGCGCCGAGCCGCCCCGCAUGCAGAACGUGCCCAUCGUGCACCCCGUGGACGGCCUCCGCGUUCGCUUCUACGGCCUGGACGCCAACCACAACCAGCUGUAGAGGGCCGGGCUCGCGCGAGGUGCCCGUGGGGUCUCGUGGGUUCGCGUCUAGAGCUGGGGGGUAUGUUAGGUUUGGAUUUUGGAGUACGAUUUUGGCUUUAGUUGAGGCAAGGCACAUCGGGUUCUGGAUUAAGUCAGGUGUGGUCCAAAUUCGAUUGGAUAUGGACCAAGUCAGAUUGGGGCUUGCUUCGUUUCUGGGUCAAAUUGGAUUUGAUAUUUUCAGGACCUGGUUAGACAGAGCCUGAUCGGCAUAGGAUUCGACCGGACUUGCCUCUUUCGAUUGAAUUGGACCAAUUCGAUCCCUGUCUGACCAAGGCUGGAUUGGAGCUGGGGUCAAUUCGCGAGGUCAAAUGUGACCUAGUCGUGGCUUGCCGUACUCAGGUCUUGGCUGGGGCAGGCCAGACCAGGCUCUGUGCCACUCCAGGUCAUGUGAUCCGAGUUGAAUGAAGCCCCCUGCCUUCAGAACCAUGUUUUUCCUCUGGCUCAACCACAUCUCGUGUCAACAACAACAAACGAUGGCAGGCAAUCUUGACGCCGCCUCUCCAGCAGGAUGAUCGAGGACCAGAAGCACGAAUGAGGAUACAUUUUGCGAGAUCAGUAUUAGGAGCACGUGCAGUGUCACAGUCAAGCAGAGGUUCAUUCUGAUACUUUGGGACUGGCAGCAGCUGUAUUUGGAGGAACAUUGUCUGUGUGGAUACACACGCUGUCGCGUAAUGCAGGUGUGUGGUUUAUGAUGAGGUAAAGCUAUCUCCACAGGUGUGGUGGAUCUCUCUGGCAGCCUGCUUACAUCACAUGCCGUCGGACUUGAUGAAGGCAAAUAAUUUAGCAGGGGUCGUUAAGGAAUUGUGAUGCGACUUUGAUUUUUAGUGAUGAACUCACAUUUUAGAAGGUGGCGCUUAUUCAACAAACCCCCAUUUGAGUGAUGCAAGGGGCAUGGGGAGGGGUGGAUGGGGGCUGAAUUGCCCCCAUCACCCCCCUCACCGCUGGAUUCGGGGCAGCACCACAACAUUUUCCACGUGUCAGGAUCACCUGGCUGUUUGGUGUGGGAGUAUAAAUCGCGUGACGCAUUUCUCGCUGACAUCGAGAGCCCUGAUGGAGACGCUGCAGCCAAGGGGGUAAUGCACCAGAAACUCUCACGGAAUCAGCAAAGGAUGUGGGUUAGACUCCUGGGCUCAAUAACGAUGUGCUUAUUUCGGCAAAUUAACCUUUAAUACUCAGCGUUUCGAUUAGUUAGGGAAACAAUUAAGUUGUGUGAAAUAAAUGUAAAGGUAUUCCAAAUUGUCGAGAGGACGCGUGUCUUCGACGACGUGCCGAGCUUCGCCCCGUCAUGUUGCUGCCCCUCGGUUGCAGCGCCGACGAAGCGAGCGAUGUGGUCUGUUGUAAUUAUUGUGUGGACAAUGCAUUCUCAUCUACAUUACUUUCGGGUGCGGUGGUGGGGGGAGGGGGGUUACAGUAAAGAGAAUGUAUUAUUUACUGUGUAUGUAAUGUUAAAAAUAAGCCAAUUAGCUACGACUGAACCUUUUCCGACAACCCCGCCAACAUCCUCAAUGGAUUUUUAGUGUGGCGCUAUAGCCAACCGCUGCCUUCCCCAAGCUUCCGGGUGAGGAGUUAGAGCCCCCCUAGCCGCCCGUGACACUGGCAAUGAAUGAAGCAAUAGUUGUUAGUGAGCACCUAUGAAGGUCAGCAGAACAUGCAAAGCACUGCCAGGCUUAGAGCCAUUGUGCGUGUCAUAUAAUUAGCCCUUGUCUCCAACUGCUGGGAUACCACGACAACUUGCACUCAGUUUAUUCUGAGUGAACCUGGGUAGGCCUAAACUUGCGUUACAUAAAAACAAAUAUGUACACUGUUCAUGUACACGGUCUCACAAUAUAAUUAUUAAUAUAGGAAAAGCGAAUAAUUUAUUUAUAGAUAGGCCCAUGACGAGCACAUUGCUUGGUACACAAUCAUCACCAUCAUCAUUUACAUUGUUAUCAGUAGUGGCCAUUUCAAAUCCCCUGCUGGAUCAAAGCCCUCCAAUGCUGUUGUCAGGUGCCACAGUCCUCAUGAAAGUUGCAAUCAAAAAUGGCACUUAAUAAAAAUAAUAGCACUUGACUACAAUCACAUAUAUGUAUAUAUUAUAGAGUAUUGCCGUACUUAUGUAUAUACCUUGCAGACGAUACCAACAGUACACUAUGUGGAUAUAUGCAAUACUUAACUGAGCAUUUAUGUCCGCCUUCAAAUUGUAUAUGUAAUAUAAUAUUUUCGAAUAAGGCUAUAUAUAUGAACCUGUAUAGUGGUAUAACUGUGUGUGGGUACAACUGCUGUUACCAUUCUUUUUUUGUAUUAUUAACAUUACUGCUGUGUGUCCAACCCGCUUUGCCCAUUAGGCUGCUGCAACAUAUGUUUUAUUUACAAACUCAACUUGGAAAGAUGUUUUUUUGUUUCUGGAUUACAACAAUGUUUAUAAUUGGUCAUGUGAUCAUAUGCUUGCUCAAUUGGACUCAUGAAAAUAGCGUCAAAGUUUUUAUAUUUUUUUAUAUUUACCCAAGAAAGUAUUUACGUGUCUUGAAUUGGGUUCAAAAGUAUUCUCUUGCUUGGGGUUUGAGGCCAAUUACAAUAAUAUCAUCCACAAUAGAGGUUGUUUGGGGUCAGAUCGCGUAAAUAUAUAAAUGUGCCGUUAAAACCCGCCACCACCCGACACGGCCAACUAGUAAGGGUUGUCACGUAAACAGAACAUGGU